CUCUGUGGCUGAGAGAGGAGGAGGAGUGCAGUCAGGAAGAGAGAGAGAGAGAGACAGAGAACUCUUCUAGGCUCUCAGAUCUUGGCUGUGGUGGAGACACCCAGGAGCAGUGCAUUCCUGAGGCAGGCAGCCAGACUGAACAAGAAAAGAUGAAGCCACAUCCUUGAUAUCGCUUGGUCACCACGUCCGACUGCCUCUGACCUCUUCUUCCUGACUGUCACCGUCUUCUCGCUUUCUCAUACACACACACACACACACUGAUGUUCGCAAACACUGCCUACCACACUGGACGGAUUCUGCUGCUGUGCCAAUUGUAAAGGAUUUUGUUCCAGCGAGGCAGAGAAGAAGUGUGAGCUAAGGAGACUAAAGGCAGUGGAAAUAUAUUUCUCCUGGUUUUGGGCCAUGCAAUGCUGAGCUGAGGCAAGCCGAACUACAGCGAUCUGUUUGGAAGACCAUCUUACCAAUCACCUUUCUUCAAUCAGUCGCAGAUGGAGCUCAAAGUGUGGGUGGAUGGAGUGGUGCGGGUGGUAUGCGGACUAUCAGAAGAGACAUCCUGCCAGGAUGUGGUCAUCGCUCUGGCUCAGGCAAUAGGUCAGACAGGCCGCUAUGUUCUAAUUCAACGUCUGCGGGAUACAGAGCGACAGUUGCUGGCCACAGAAAGACCUCUUGAGUCUGUGGCCAAGUUAGGCCAACAUGGCAGUGAGGUUCAGUUCUUCCUGCGUCGUACUGGCCCGAGCAGCAGUGAUGGGCCUGGCUUAAAACAAGACAAAGUAAGCCCUCUACCCCUGCCCAAGUAUACUGAGCCGGACCUUUUAAAACGCAGCCAACCCAAGAAAUCACUCACAUUCAACCUGGGCCCAUCGACUUCUCCCAGAGCAAAGCAGUUUCAGAGGUCUCCUCAGGACACCCCAGACCAGAGAGCCUCGCCUUCCUCUUCUCCAAUCCCUCCAUCUCCUCUUACUCCAUCUCCCUCGCCACCAAUAGGCCCAUCCAAAGAGGAGGUCUUUAGGGCAGUUCUUCAGCAACAGGAGAGACUAAGGACCAUUGAAGCACAACUCGAAACCCUAGAACGGGAGUCUCAAACUUGGGAGUGCCACUAUCCAUCUCUGUGUCCUUCACCGGUCUCUGAUGCUCGCUUCCUAGAGGAGUUGGACACUCUGGAGCAAAAAGUUCGGAUGAACCAGGCUGAGCUCGCCCACGAGCAGUACUGGGAGGAGGAGUUUCAAGCUGAGACAGAGCGGGAGCGAGGAAUGAGGAGGAAGCUCGGGGAGCUCCAUGCUAAGUUAGAUGACUGCGGAAGGCGACUCCAUGAGUUCUCUGUGCGCUCCACUCAGCUAGAGCAAGAGCUUCAGCGAGAAAGUCGGGUGGAAGCCAAAAACAAAGGGCCACAGGAGUCCCUUGAUGCUGUGAAAGCAGAGCUCCAGAGCCAGGAGAAGCACAGAACAGAGUUAGAGGAGCACCUCUCUGAGACUGAUAAAGCUUUGGGGAAGGCAGAGUCUCUGCUGCAGGCGAAACAGGACGAGCUGGAGGAGUUGAACAAGGAUCUGCGGCAGUGUAAUCUGCAGCAAUUUAUUCAACAAGCCGGCGUCCUGCCUGCACACAGCCACUCACGCACAGACCUCCAAGAGCAACUGGAGCAGUUAGAACUGGCACAUUUUUUACAGGAUGGAUACAGGAAUGGCAGUAAGGGCACAAUAUCUGAACUAUUAAACACUGUUUCCUGUAGCUUUUACCCAUCAGAAUAUUUUUUGUGGUCCCUAUAUCUAGGUGAAUCACCGCCUCGCCCUACUGCCAAACAGUUCCUGGGACAUCCACGCAACCUACAGAACCCCCUUGUGUCCAGCCUCAACCCUGAGGUCCUGACAUCCCAAGAGUCAUCAUGGCGAUAAAACAUGGACCACAGGGCCAAGGGAAACUUGUUCACUUAUGUCACCAUCACCCCCUAUUUAACCCAUUUCUUUGUCAUUCUCAUUAUUAUUAGUACCAUGAUUUACGUCCUGUAAAUACAUAAGACAAAUAUAUUUCCAAAGUUUUGCUACUGUAAACACUGCAAAUUAUCUGUAAAAUGUAAACUAAUUUAGGAACCUUUUACUUAGCGGAUUUAUUAAAAUGUAUUUAAAUAUAAUAAAAAUAUCUUAAUGUUUUAGAGAAUAA